CCAACAUCCUCAGGGAGCAGUGAGGGACUCUCCUUGCCGUCGUGCGAGUUCCCUGCCACUCGGUCAUUAUUUGAGCAAUUCAGAAAUACACGAUCGCGCGUCUUGCUCCUCCAGAAAGAUCGUCGCUGGCCAUUGCCAUCAUUUGUGUCGUUCUUCACAGAGGGACGAGAUCGACGUGCUUUUGUCAGACCGCCCAUGUCCAUGUGGGUCGCGAACGAGUGCAUUGAGCCAAACGACGUUUGGGUGAUAUUUCAGUCACACGAGGAUGCUUGCACAGCGCUUUCUCUCUCUCACCCCUCCAUCACCAUCACCCCUGCUCUUCAGAGCGAUUUGGAGCCUUUUGAUAGAUUGCGCAGAGUCGAUUCAUUGCUCAAGAAUUCUUCUGCGAUUUCAUAUCCUGCUGGUCUCCGCAUGUCCCUCUCAACACCUGACCUUCAUAAAUGCGUACCAUUUGGGACGUCCGCAUUCGCGCAGACUAUCGGGUCACCAAAUGAUGACUUUGUCAUCUCCACCAACCCGCCCAAUCCGCGAACAACAUUCAGGCUGGGUGAUUGGAUAUGCAAUUCCCCCAACUGCGCAGCGCACAACUUUGGGCGUAAUUUAGCUUGCAGAGGUUGUGGAUGUCCACGUUCUGAGAAUCCCCCCUCAACGAUGCAGCGACAAGGGUCUUGUGGGCCACCCGUAUCGCGUCUUCCAGUAUCACCCCGCUUCGUCAAUUCAUCCGGACACACGCCCAUGCCCCAAAGCAGUCUUUCUCCAUCAGCUACCUCUCCUCUUUACUCCAGCGCCGGUCAUAACAUGCGUCAUGCACCCCCGCCUAUCCAGCCGAGCAUGAUGGGUGCAAAACCUCCCUCGCCUGCCCACCCUCUCCUCACUCCAUCUGGUCGUUCUUUUGCGGUCGGAGGCAAGGUACAAAACGUCUCUUCGGACCCGUUGUCGCCGUGCGUCAUGUAUUGGCCGGAUAACGAAUCAUUCCCAGAACAAGGCCAGAUUCGACCAAGCAGCUUGAUGGUUGUUCCACCCCCGAUCUUGAACACUGGUAACCGUGGGCCUAUCGAACAUCAGCCUGGUGAUUGGAUUUGUCAAAAGUGCAAUUAUCUGAAUUGGAGACGCCGCAAAGUUUGCCAGACUUGUUUUCCUUAUGCUGAAGGAAACGGCGAUUCCAUCUCCGCUGCUGUGCAAGCGGAGCGCAUCAACUUACUCACAUCGCUCCUUGCGCAGAACCAGCUUCCGCUUGCGAGUGGUCCCCCAUCCCUUCCAUCUCAAGCCCCCCGGUCUCAUUCCAUGACACCCCCGCAGCGCCGCCGCAUGUUCAUGGACAACGUUCCUCAGAAUCAGGUACCAUACCGAUCCCGCUCGCAUUCUAAUUUCGAUGUGGGUACGCAAUACUCAGACUCUCAAUUCAUCUAUGAGACGUCUGCUCCCCGUCGUACCUCCCCGUCUUCGUUCCCAAGUCUUGGUGAUCACGAGGACUAUCUUCCCUCCAAUAUCCCUGCUCCUUUACUUCCGUCUUUCUUGCAGGAUAUCGUGCAAUCCCCCACUCUGUCUCCGAGUUCUACCUCAUCCACCGACCUCUCCCCAGAGGAUUAUGAUGAUAGUUUCUCCUCGGAACGCUCAUCAUUUGGGAAGGAUCGCAUUAUCACGAACGACUCUUCUUCGAACCUGCCUGUUAGCAACAUCUGGAAGCUAAACGACGAGGAAACGAAGGGUAUCGCGGGCGUUGCGUUGCCCAACAUUGGCUUGAUAGGGAGUAGGAAAAGCAGCCACGAGGCAUUGCGUCGCCGACCUAAUUCGCCUUGAUUUCACCACGUAUAUACAUUAAGCAUAGGGAAGGAUACCGACAAGCAAGGUCAAGUGCGGACACCACAGGUCUCCACGGAUGGACAUGCGGACAGCGUCCUGGGUAUUGUACGGAGAAUACGGUUAGAGUGAUUUUUCUGGUAUUUUUAUUUGUUCUUCCCCUAGUGCUGGCUCAUAUGACGGACUGCUUGCUUUGACGCAAGGCGUCCUUGCGCAUUUUUCUGCUUCAUCUUCGCACUUUCAAGUUGGAUCUCGCAAUCGCACCAGCAUAUUCUGCAUAUUGUUUAUCUUGGUCAUUUAUUUUAUCUUGGAGUUCUUACGCCUCCUUUAUGUACUCCUGCAUAGUCUAAUUGUGUUCGUAAAAGUUUGCAAUAGUAUCGACGUGUUCACCAGUUAUAGGAGUUGACUUGACA